ACUAAUCUGAGGACGGGUAUGUCUGGAAUCUUCCCCUCAGCUGUGGUCUGCGAAAUCGACAUAGUAGAAGAAAUUUGCAUGGGAGCACUUCCAUCAAACGCAAAUAAAGUGACAGAAUCUGAGCGAGAUACAUUUUACCUGACAAUGUUAGCCUCAAUCGAAGUUGGCCAUCAUAAAGGAAACGAUGUGUUGGUGCAGGCUAUGAACAAGGUUCUGUCCAUGUAUAAAAACGCUGAAGAAGUGAUUGUUCCACAAACUGUACUCAUGGAAGUUUCAUUUCGUGGUAUACAUGUUAUCGACAAACGACGAAAGAAUUUCUUUCAAUGUCCCACUUUCGAUUUCUUCUACAGUCUGCAAAACAUCUCGUUUUGCGGUGCACAUCCAAAACAGUUGAAAUAUUUUGGCUUUAUAACGAAGCACCCGUUAUUGCCUCGAUUUGCGUGCCACGUAUUUUUGUCUAGUCAGUCAACACAACCAAUAGUGGAAUCCAUUGGGAGAGCCUUCAAGCGAUCUUACGACGAAUACAUGGCCUUUGCACAUCCAACCGAGGACAUCUAUUUGGAGUAA